AAAACGAAAGCGAUAGUCCAAAGUGGCAUUCGGUUGACCUGCUCGAUGUGCUGGCAUUUUCAUCUGUGAAUCGACGCAGCAUGUCUGACCCGGUCCACAUAGAUGAAGGCUUCUACUCGAGGCAGCUAUAUGUUUUGGGACACGACGCAAUGCGCCGCCUGGCGGCGUCCAGAGUUCUCAUCGCAGGUAUGAAGGGUCUUGGUGUAGAAAUAGCCAAAAAUGUGAUCCUGUCUGGAGUGAAGUCGGUGACAGUCCAAGAUGAGGGCCUGACCCAGUGGAGAGAUCUGUCUUCUCAGUUCUAUUUGAAUCAGUCCCACCUGGGUCAGAACCGAGCCGCGUGUACUGUCCAACAGCUAUCAGACUUGAACCCAUACGUGGCUGUGCACGCUCACACAGAACCGCUGGAUGAGAAGCUGCUGCGUCAACAUCAGGUGGUUGUCCUGACUAACUCCUCACUGGAUGACCAAAAGCGUUUUGGCGAAUUUUGCCACUCCCAUAGAAUCAAGUUUAUCGUAGCGGACACCAGGGGGCUGUGCGGUCAGCUGUUCUGCGAUUUCGGAGAGGAUUUUCUGGUUGUGGACCCUGAUGGACAGCCACCAGCCUCUGUGUUAGUUCAGGGUAUCACCCAGGACGACCCCGGAGUGGUGGUCUGCGUCGAUGAGCUGCCACACUGCUUUAGCAGUGGCUGUAGGGUUGUGUUUUCAGAGGUCGGAGGAAUGACUGAGCUCAACAACACGAGGCCGAUGGAAAUCUGCAUCAUCAAUGAGCACUCGUUCACCAUUGGCAGCACCUCCAGUUGCUCCAAAUACACAGGUGGGGGAGUUGUGACUGCAGUGAAGGAGCCCAUCACCCUGCAGUUUAAGCCAAUCCCUGAGGCUCUACUAGACCUCCAGCUCCUGGUUUACGUUGGAAAUCCGACCAGGAAUCAGACGUUGCAUUUAGCCUUCCAAGCUCUGCAUCGGUUCGUGUGGGAGUCGCGGCGACUUCCUGAUCCUUGGUCUCAGACAGAUGCCGAGGCUCUGCUCAGGAUUGUCUGGGCGCUGAAUGACUCCGCACAUCUGCCGCAGCUGGACGAGGAGGCUGUCCGGCUCCUGUCCUACACGGCACAAGGAGACCUGGCUCCAGUCAACGCUUUUAUUGGUGGACUGGCAGCUCAGGAAGUGAUCAAGGCAUGUUCCAGUAAAUUCAUUCCAGUGAGACAGUGGCUUUACUUCGACGCGCUGGAGUGUCUUCCAGAGGAUAAGCACCAGUCACACCAGUCUGCACCCUCAUUGGAAAGGACGAGAUAUGACGGCCAGAUCCUUGUUUUUGGACCGGACCUUCAGGAGAAGUUGGGCAGACAGCAGUAUUUCCUGGUUGGAGCUGGAGCCAUUGGCUGCGAGCUUCUGAAGAACUUUGCUCUGAUGGGACUCGGCGCUGGAGAGGGUCGAGUCACGGUGACAGACAUGGAUUUUAUUGAAAAAUCCAACCUGAACCGCCAGUUUCUGUUCCGGCACUGUGACAUCAAUAAACCAAAGUCUGUGGUGGCUGCAAAUGCAGUGAAAGUAAUGAACCCACAGAUGAACAUCACGGCCCACCAGAAUCGUCUGGGUCCUGACAGUGAGAUCUCCUACGAUCACAAUUUUUUCCAUACUCUGGAUGGAACUGCGGCCGCACUCGACAACAUCGAUGCCAGGGUGUAUCUUGACGAGCUCUGCUUGAAGUACAAGAAGUCUCUGCUGGAAGGAGGAACUCGUGGAACACAGGGUCACACUCUGGUGGUGGUGCCACACUUGACCGAAUCCUAUGGUCGACCUGCUCCCAGCUCCAGUGAGGAGUACCCUCUUUGCACGUUGAAGAACUUCCCCAACCGCAUCGAGCACACCCUGCAGUGGGCCAGAGACCAGUUUGAAGGACUUUUUAAACAAACCCCCGAGAAUGUGAAUCUUUAUGUCAGGGAUCCUCCUGGCUUCAUGAAGCGGACUUUGGAUCUCAGUGAUUCUGAGGCUUUGGAGAUACUCGAUGGCGUCCGGAGAAGCGUGUCGGAUGCUCAGUCUGAAGGCCAACGCCCGGCCAACUGGGCCGACUGUGUCCAGUGGGCUCGUCGGAAGUGGCAGACUCUUUAUCAUGAUGACAUCGUUCAGCUUUUGCACUGCUUUCCUCCUGAGCAGCUAACUGAAUCUGGUGUACCCUUCUGGUCUGGAUCCAAAAAAUGCCCUCGUCCUCUGACCUUUGACCCUGAUGAGUCCUCACACUUGGAUUACGUGGUGGCGGCAGCAAACCUCUACGCUCAGAUCUACAAACUCCAGGGUUCUUCAGACCGUCCAUCGAUCAGGAGAACCCUUGAGAAAGUCCAUGUUGCUUCAUUCACUCCCAGUUCGUCUGUGAAGAUCCAUCUCACUGACCAAGAGAUGGAGGAGGAGAAAGCAAAAGACAGUGAUGACACUGACAAAGCCCGUCUGGAAGAGUUGAAAGGACUCUUGGCCAGUCUGAGACCCUCAGCCGCGGAGAUGUACCCCAUUGACUUUGAGAAGGACGAUGAUACCAACUUUCACAUGGACUACGUUGUUGCUGCUUCCAACCUGAGGGCAGAGAACUACGGCAUCCCCACAGCUGAUCGACACAAGAGUAAGGGCAUUGCUGGCCAAAUCAUUCCCGCCAUUGCCACCACCACCGCUGCAGUGGCCGGCCUGAUGUGUCUUGAACUGUACAAACUGGUGCAGGGUCACCGGAAGAUCAGCUCCUACCGCGUGGCGUUCCUAAACCUGGGUUGCUCUUACUUUGUCUUGGCUCAGCCAGGCCAGGUGGAGCAUUUCGAGGUGGCAGGAAAGAAGUUCACGGUGUGGGACGACUUCCUGGUCGACGGCAGAUGCGGCGGUCAGCAGGAAAUGACCCUGGGAAACCUUCUCCAGCAUAUCAAGGACAGAUGUGGUUUGACCGUUUGCAUGCUGACUGUCGGCCGUGGCCUCCUGUACGACAGCGACGAUAAGCGGCACGAACAGAGUUUGUGCUGCAGUGUGUCUGAAGUAGUACGGAGGGUGAUGGAGAUCCCACUUCAUCAAAAGAUUCUGGAUCUCUGUCCUGCAUUCACAGAGGACCCAUUCUCUGAAUCAGCCCCGCAUAUCCGCUACCUGCUGCCCUGACCUCAGAAUCCAACUAGAAACCGCAGUAAAGCAGAUCACAUCGAUUGAUUGAGAUGAUUCAACAGUUUUACACUAUAAAAACACAAAAUCUUACCAAGUUUAUUCAGCCUCAUUCUCAGUCAAAAUAUCUGAUCCAGCUUAAUUUAAGAUAGAUUCACUUGUAUGUGACGUUUCAGCACGAUGGAGGGACUGAUUUUACUUGUUCUAUUGGCAGGUUUUUUUUUCAUAUUUCACAGUAUGUCUACUCUAACUAACGGACAUAAUUGUGUGUUAUGGAAAUGUGUCUGGAGGUGUUUAGCGGGUCAAAGCGAAAGUGUGGAGCCAGAGCAGACAGUUGGCACAGAAAGUAGUUCACUCAUGCUGCCAUCUGAGCACAGCUGUCUCAUGUCAAUCCUCCUGCCAGCACAUGUGCGCUCCACUCCCUCCUGGAACAAUGGUGGAGCCGCUGGUCUGGAGAGACCGGCCUCGUCUGCCAGGCCAACUGUCCUCAGAUGUUGCUGUUUCUACACAACCCAGAUCCUUAAGGUCAGUGUUUUUCAACCGGUGUGAGAGCCUACCAGGUGUAGGUGGGCGAACAUUUAAAACGCCUUUAUGAUCUACCAACGUGAGGAGAGCCAUAGAUCUAUACUGAUGCGUCGACUCGUCCAUAGCUGCUCCCUCACACUCAUUCGACGGUUCCUGUGACGCCAAAGAUUGUCUGCACCGCAGUGCUUACAAAGCUAACGGGUAGCGUGACAUUCUCACUUCAAAACCUUGACACACGUUGUUUAAAAGUUGGCUGAAAACUAAAGGCAGGACCAAAUAAAUGUGCUCUAAAAUGUGAAUAGAGAAAGAAUAAUUGCUGUUAUGAAGCUGAGGCAAAGAAUGUGAACGAUUUGUCUGGAAAUUCCCCAAACUAGAAUCUUUUAGCAGAAACUUGGAAGUUAGUCUCAAAAAUACAUGCGAGAUUGUGAUAAAACUGAAACUGUUCAUUAAAACAAAUGAAUAAAUCAUCGUAUAUCUCACCAUAUUCCCCCCCUUCUUUCUGCAGUUUGUUCCUGCAAAUGUCAUGCCACAUAGCAAUAGUUUUUCUCAAAUUAAAAGGGAUUUUCUGCAGAACUUUCUAAGCACAACUGCGCCGAGGCUCUUCUGAUGAUGAGCCUUUGGAUUUUUUCAAUGAACAUGUGCCGCGGCUUCACUAACGUUGAAAAACACUGUUUUAGAGGACGAUAGAGCUUUGUGAUUUGCAACCAUGAUGUGGAGUUUAACCUGAGUGCAUCUUCAUUUAAGAGUCAGUUCUGUACUUAUGAUCAAAUCCUUGCUCUAGUUCAAGAUACCAAAUGAGGGUCAGUCCAUGUGGAGAAGUGGGGAGACACCAGCAAGGAGACCAGAUGGCUUGGAUGAGCGUUGGAGCGUUGCAGUACAGCUGCCUAUUUGUGUUUCCAACGCAUUUAGAAAUGGAUUUUGGAGA